CUCUCUCUCUCUCUCUCUCUCUGAAACCCCCGAAGAUGCAAGACAUGUGGAAUGUUCCCCCUGGUUUCAGGCCCAGCACAUCUGCGCCUUCGUCUCCCGCAAAGCCUAUUGGGGUGUCAAGAACUCGCUCAGAGUCCUUUCAUGUCACCCACAAAGUCCCUGUUGGCGACACUCCUUAUGUGAGAGCCAAAAAGGUUCAGUUGGUUGACAAGGACCCGGAAAAGGCAAUUCCGCUAUUUUGGGCCGCCAUUAAUGCUGGAGAUCGAGUGGAUAGUGCGCUCAAGGACAUGGCCAUUGUGAUGAAGCAACAGAACAGGGCUGAAGAAGCCAUUGAGGCUAUUAAAUCGCUGCGAAGUCGUUGUUCAGAUCAAGCCCAAGAGUCUCUUGACAAUAUCCUUCUGGAUCUGUACAAGAGAUGCGGGAGAUUGGAUGAUCAAAUUGCACUUUUGAGGCACAAAUUGUUCUUGAUUCAACAAGGGAUGGCUUUCAAUGGGAAGCGCACCAAGACUGCCAGAUCCCAAGGGAAAAAAUUUCAGGUGUCCGUGGGACAAGAAGCGACUCGGUUACUGGGGAACUUAGGAUGGGCAUUGAUGCAGCAGAACAACUAUAUCGAAGCAGAAGAUGCCUACAGGCGGGCACUUUCAAUGACUCCAGAUAAUAACAAGAUGUGCAAUCUGGGUAUCUGCUUGAUGAAGCAAGGGAGGAUUCUGGAAGCCAAAGAAACCCUUAGAAGAGUGAAACCGGCUGUUGCAGAUGGCCCGAGAGGUGUAGAUUCCCACCUCAAAGCAUUUGAGAGGGCACGGCAGAUGCUGCUUGAUCUUGAGUCUGAAAUGUUGAAUAAGGGAAGCGACCCUGUCGAACAGAGUCGGCUCUUUGAUGCCUUCCUCAGCUCUUCCUCGCUCUGGCAGCCUCAGCCUUGUAAGGACCAGCACACAACGAAUACAAUCAAAUCUCAAGAUGAUUUUGGGGAUGAGAACUUCGACACCAACAGAGUCAUGAAGGUUCUUUCUGGACAGAAGAUUGCCAAACCAACGGCUGUUCAUGCGAACUCACUCAACGUCGCGGCAUUGCCAUUUUACUCAUCAAAGAUGACCAAGGACCCAAUUGGAACACCACUGCAGGAGUCCCUUAAGAGAACAAGAUCAGGGCAUGCUGCUAAUUCGAUAGGAGUGAAUGAAACGGGGGCGUUCAGAAAGCCCUUAAUGGAAUCCAUGGAACCAGAAAAUAAGACUAGAAGGCGAUCUCUUUCACCCGAAGAAAAUGGGGACAAGUGGGCAGACUUUCUGCCAGACAGCAAGGAGUUUGAAGCGGCUCUUAUUGCUGCAGUUCUGGGUUCAGCCACUGAAACAGGGAAGAAGACUCUGGAGACUGGAAACAGUUCUGGAAUUUUACAGAAUAAGAUUGAGAGUAGGUUUAAAGUCUUUCAAGACAUAACACUCUCUCUGAGCCCGAGAGCCUAACCUCUCAAUUAGUGUCAACUAAUUCAAUUUAGUUUUUACAAGCUAUAAUAAUAUAGGUUUUAGGUUGGAGAUGAUCUUGUUCUCCUGGGCUCCUGUUCAAGCAGAAGGGGGGGGAGGGAGGGAGUACGCAGCUAUGCAGAGAGUAUGGUAGCAGUCCCUGCUGGGGUAGUAGCAGCAGUAGUUAUAGUAGAUGCAAUUCAUUAAUUCUUGUCUACCUCUCAAAAUAAAGGGGGGCACACAUCUUAAUAAAAUAUAUGAUGAUGUUCAUUAGCUACAUUUUGACUCAAGAAAAUGAGGCCUUGUUUCUAUAUUGUGAAUGCUGAUUUCUCUUCCUCAUUUCAAAGUGUAUGGCAUUUAAUUUUGAUCAUAUGAGGAGCUCCUAAUUGUUUA